AGGAUGGCGGUGAAUGUCUAUUCCACCUCUAUGACUAUAGAGAAUCUGAGUCGCCAUGACAUGUUGGCAUGGGUCAACGACUCCUUACAGCUAUCCUACACCAAGAUUGAGCAACUUUGUUCAGGUGCUGCUUACUGCCAGUUCAUGGACAUGCUGUUUCCAGGGUGCAUUUUGUUGAAGAAAGUCAAAUUUAAUGCCAAACUGGAGCACGAGUACAUCCGCAACUUCAAAGUCUUACAGGCUUCAUUUAAGACAAAGUCUGUGGACAAGAUCAUUGCCGUGGAGAGGUUGGUCAAAGGCAAGUUCCAGGACAACUUUGAGUUCCUCCAGUGGUUUAAAAAGUUCUUUGAUGCCAACUACGACGGCAAAGAAUACGACCCUCUACUUUUACGUCAGAGCCUGGAUGGAACGCCAACGCCACCGCCCAAUUCUGGUGAUCCCUUUGUCCUCAAAACUAAAAGACCUGCUCGCUCAGGUCCCAUCAGGACAUCUCCUACAAGGCCUAAGAGUGCCCCCCCUCCUCAAAGGCAGAUCAAUGCACCAGCGACCCGUAAGAACCCUGGCAUGACUCGCAAUGGAGGAGACUCGGAGCUCAUGGAGCUGAACCAGCAGAUGGUGGACAUGAAGCUAACCUUGGAGGGACUUGAAAAGGAGAGGGAAUUCUACUUUGGAAAGCUGAGAGACAUUGAGCUCAUCUGCCAGGAAGGAGAAAGUGAAAACAACCCAGUCUUCAACAAGAUCCUGGACAUACUCUACGCUACUGAGGACGGAUUUGAACCACCAGAGGACGAGGAGGUUGAUGACGGAGCACAGGGAGAUCAGGACGAGUUCUGAGCUGCCCCAACCCCAACUAAUUUAACCAUCAUCACAACCAUGCAACGUGUGUAUCUUGCACGUGUCCUUUUUACAUCCAUUUUUAUACGAGUUCCCUCUCAAUUGCUCCCCGCCAUUUUGAUUGCGUCUCUUUCAUGAUAGCUUCACGUUUGAAGCCUAGCGUGCAAAAGCCGCAAACAAGCCCGUUUGUACUAAGUUUGCCUGCUAUACCGGCAUACGUUUGAAGGGCAUUGAGAUUACAGCACUGACAGCCUGGAGCCAACAGUGCACUGUCUGAAGCUGCAGGUGGCAUUCUUUUCACCAUGCACUUUAAUUGGCGUCAUUACUGCAGAGCCUACUUUUUAUGGACAGGCACACGUUUUCUACAUACAAGUUGCUGAGCUGGUCGUUUCACAGGGUGAGAUUGCACUGUAAGUGAAGCUAAUGCAUAUAUUUUUGCAUAGUGAUUUGUAGCCUGCAGACAUAUCAGAGACUUGCUCACUCAUACAUCAAAAUAUCCAGUCAAAACAUUUCCACAGCUUGUUUAUGAGACAUGUAUUUAUGACCUUAUUUAUUUUUCUUUCUUAAUCAGCCUCAUCACAUUCAGGUGGGAUGAAGGGGAUGUGGUUUUGGAUUGAAAGUCUUGCACUAAAUGUAGCUGAAGAAACCCUGUCAUGUGAUACUUAAUGCCAACCAGCAGUGAUUGGCUGUGCAGCCAGAAACAUACUGACAAAUUUUAUAUAUUUGUAGCUUUUUUGUUUCUUUUCUAUUCUGCAUUGAAUAGAUUGUAAAAGGCCAAGUCACAAUUGUCAAUGUGAAUUAAUUUUAAUGGACAAAUGGUUUGGUUGUAUAUUCUUAUUGAAGACAAAAUGUAAAACAAGUGACUGAGAGACACCAAAUUACUAAUGUUUUACUGUAGUGAUUCUAGCUGUUAUUGUUUUGUUAUUUAAUUUGAGUUUUCUUGUACUGCUUAGCACAAAAAUGCCACAUUGUGGUAUGUUGACGGUGGUAUCAGCCUGGCUGAUUAGUCGGAUCUUCUCUGUGCUAACUAUAUAGUAACCAGCCCUCUUGCUUAGUUUGUCGCCAUGUGAUGAACUUGCAUUCAUUGGACUUACUGUUGCAAUAAAAUAAAUCUGAGGCUCAAGAAAA